CUUGGUUUUUGUUUGACUUAACAACCUGAAAUGAAUGCCUUCAGUAGCGGAACAGGCGCAUGAUUUGACGUGCUUAUUUCAAUCCUUGUACGCAUGCGCUUACUCACCUCUAGCUAAUCAUAUGCUACGGCUAUUUCAGAUCGCAUCAAGGAUUUAUAGUCAUCGAUUCGCCCUUCCACAAAGUCUUUGCGGCGCUACACGACGCCUAAUCCGCAACUCCGCAAUCGACUCCGCACAUAGUCCACCCUUGGAACAGGGCACAAUCCACAUUGCAGAGUUAUUGGAUAUCGCAACAACCUUAUAUAUGACCGUCGCUGCAUUACCUUUGGGUGACAGAUCUCGCCUCUUUCAGUUUCAUCGCCACAACGACCAACAUCCAUAUCUCGGAAAGUGUCAUGAGGGGCGAUAUCCUCCACACUGCAUUCGCAUCGGCAAUAUGCGGAGUUUUAUUCCACCUCCUUGUCCUGGCUUUGCCAUUCGAGUUUGAACUUGUCAUGUUCCAUUUUAUGGCUACAUACGUCGUGGCAUCAGUGGGUUAUACAUUCACUCUUAUGCAAGUCUAUGGCAUGACCUUCUUGGGCGCACUGGGAAGAGUAGCACUGUCAUCCGUUAUCUUCAACGCGGCGACACUGUCCAGUAUCGCUAUAUACCGCUUGUUCUUCCACCGAUGCCGAAACAUACCGGGACCUGUUCUAGCACGUCUAACCCGCUUUUACGCAAUGUAUCAGACGGCGAAAGAAAUGACAUACUUCAAAGAACUGGACAAGAUGCAUCAAAAAUACGGCGAUUUUGUGCGCGUGGGUCCCCGAGAUGUAAGCGUCAUGCGAAAGGAGGCGCUUCCCUUAGUCUACGGCCCGAAAACGGAGUGCAGGAAAGCAACCUGGUAUGGGCAGCAGGGUCACAACCCGAAAAAGCUUUCUUUGAGUAUGCUGCGGGAUAAGAAGCUCUAUAGGCUACGUCGGCGCGCUUGGGAUCGAGGGCUUUCGAUGAAGGCACUUGCUAGCUAUGAAACUCGUAUCAAAGCCAACGUCGAAAAGUUCAUUAGUCAAAUCCAAAAGCGUUCAGGGGAAGGCAUCGACGCAACAGCAUGGUCGAUGUUGUACUCAUUCGACAUCAUGGGCGACGUUGGUUUCAGCAAGGACUUCGAAAAUUUGAGCAGCGGAACGGAGCAUCCAGCAAUCAAAGUGCUCCACGACCAUGUAAAAAUCCUUGCAACUCUGGUCACGGUGCCCUGGUUGUUGAAUAUGUUUGCCUCGAUACCGGGAGCGGGGAGUCAGUUUGCGAUAUUCUUUAAGAUCUGCGCGGAUCAGCUCGAUGCUAAAGUGAAGGGGUGGAGCGGAGAAAAGCAACCCGAAGAUGUUAUGAGUUGGCUAUUGAAAGCAGUGAAGGAAAACGACGUGUCAGCGGCACCAUCGCGGGAAGCUUUGGAGGACGACUGUCGGGUGCUCAUUAUCGCCGGAAGCGACACAAAAGCCACUGCUUUGGCAUGCCUAUUAUACUACCUGGCGAAGUAUCCUCGAGUGCAGAAGAAACUACAAGCUCUCAUUGGCGAAGCCAUGCUUGGCGGUUAUUCUGAAUGGAGUUAUACCAAGGUAAAGUCCGUGACUUACCUUGACGACAUUAUCAACGAAACCCUGCGGCUCAAGCCGCCUUUCAUGGUCCUCCCUCCACGCGAAACACCACCCCAAGGCAUGCACAUUGGAGACACCUACAUUCCUGGUAACACGAACGUAUAUGUUGCUCCAAUUCUAAUUCACAGGGACCCAAGGUGGUGGAAGGAGCCAGAGGAAUUCCUUCCUGAGCGGUGGGGAGAACUGCGGGCGGAAAUGCAUACCGAUGAAGCGCCUUAUAUUCCUUUCAACUCCGGGCUGCACUCCUGUCCUGGUCAGAAUCUUGCAAUUGUCAGCCUGCGUUACUUGGUUUCAUCCGUGGUGCAGAACUUCGAUAUCGAGUUUGCUCCUGGAGAAACAGGAGAAACCUUCGAUAAGGAUUUCGAGGACACGGCUUUGAUGAAACUUCCCCCGCUCAAACUUAGGUUUGUAAAACGAGGAUGACUCGUGCAGUCUGACACCAAUUGGAGUUGCCAGACCAACGGGCUGGACGCUCGUGUGUGCUGAAAGCGUUGGGGAGCAUCGCCAUGAAGUGUUCAGGUACAUCAGUCACGUUAGGAACAUGCAUGGAUCUUUGUGUCAAAAGGUUGGCAAUUUAUACACCAGGAUAACUAGAUACAGCAGAAUAGAAUGGAUUGGUCAAGUUUGACCUUUUGGGUCAUGCGGAGAC